AUGGGUCUCCUUGUUUUCUCCAUAGUGAACUCAAUUAACGACAUCGUUAUGAAUAUUCUGUUGUCUACUAAGUUGAGCCCCACCUUGGGUGUCAGUUCAUGUUUGGGAACUAGUCUUCUUUUAAUACUGAUUGGUAUAGGUUUCAACGGAAUUUUGAGGCUCACAAAAUGUGGAAACUUUAACCAAGUCUUACAUGGAGCAUUGAGUUUCACUCUCAGUCCAGAAAUUUACAUGAGCAUGACCUCAUUAAUUGUGAUUGUUCUGAUUUACAUUUUAUAUUUGCCGCUCAACCAAUGGAAAUUUGACCGCCGGUUAGGGGUUUUUAGUAUUUGUCUUUGGAUGGGAACAAUAGUCACGUGCCUAAUCAUGGACUAUGAACUGGACAAUUAA